CCGCACUAGUCUGUACGCUUUCCUACGGACAGCACAGUUUGAAGGGCCGGUUAUUUGGAUGUGGAAUUCGGAUAAGCCUUGCAUGUUAAUUUGUUUGCAUUUCUUGUGAUUUUCUGUUAUAGCAAAAUCUGAAAAAGGAAUGUUCCAGGAUGUCUGAAGCAGAGAACGGCAGUGUCACAGGGGUGACAUGUGACAGCCAGGAGCUCUCCCUGCAGAGCGAUGAUGCUGCUGGGGGCUCUAUAGAGAGCGAGGCUGGGUCCAGAGAAAAGGGGGGCACAGCGGUAACUGGAGUCAGUCUGACCCGGAAAAGACCUGAAAACAUCCCCCCUCCCUGUGAGCCCCAAGAGCCAUGUGACGAAAAGCAGACACAGAGAGAUGCACGACAGGAGACCCAAGCUACUGUGAAAGCCCAGGGGGGCUGGGGAUCCUGGGGAAGCUGGGGCAAGUCCCUCAUCACCACUGCGUCAGCUACAGUCGCCACCGUCGGUCAAGGGAUUUCCCAGGUUAUUGAGAAAGCAGAAUCAUCGCUUGGAAUUCCGAGCCCUACAGACCUGUCGACAAAAGUGAGGGAGGAAGGAAAGCAAGAGGGUGCAGCAGGCAGUGGUAAGGACAGUGGGAGCAGCGCUCCGGUGGGGGCUGCGAUGGGCAUGUUCUCAUCACUCAGCAGCGUGGUUCAAAGCACUGGGAAAAGUGUUAUAAGUGGAGGUCUGGAUGCUUUAGAAUUCAUCGGGAAAAAGACCAUGGAUGCUAUAGCAGAAGGAGAUCCAGGGUUUAAGAAAACGAAAGGACUGAUGAUCAGAACUGAAACACUGUCCCAGGUUUUACGGGAGGCGAAGGAACAAGAACAGCAACAAACAGCAGGGCAAGUUGCCACGGAUACCAGUAGGAAAGCUCAUUAUGGGAUGCUGUUUGAUGAGUUCCAGGGCCUUUCCCACCUUGAGGCUCUGGAGCUUCUCUCCAGGGAAAGUGAAGCCAAGGUGAGAUCAGUCCUGACCUCGAUGUCUGGGGAGGAGCUCGCCACUUUGAAAGAGGAGCUGCAGCUGAUCAAAGAAGCCUUUUCACUGGGGGAAUUCGACGAUGAGGAGGAGGAGGAGGAAGAGAGGAAAGAUGAUGAUGAUGGUUCGGAGUUCGUGAAAGAGCUGACCGCUGUCAUGGCAGAGCUACACGUAGCUACAACUGCAGACAAGCUCGGCAGGGCCAGAAAAAAGGCACACUGCUGGAUGUCUGAAGUUCAUAUCCCUGGAGAAUCGGAGAAGGAAGAAGAAACUGAAAGCACAGAAGCAGCUCCCAGGAGUUCUGUUGAGGAUAUUCACACGGAUGCAAUCCGAAGCCUGGCUGAAGUGACAGCCAGAUCAAUAGAGCAAUUCCAUAAAGCAGCUGAGCUGAUCCUUCACAGCCGGGACCUGGAGUCCACGGCAUUGGAACAGGCCAGAUGUUUGUCACAGAUGACCAUCAUUUUAUGUAAAGAGAUUUCAUCGCUGUCUAAGAAGUUCACUUCUUGUUUAAGUACUGUUGGGGCAAAUGAAAAGGGCGAUAUCCUGAAUCCACUGAUCACUGGAGUCUUUUUGGAGGCUUCUAACAGUGCCUCGUAUAUCCAGGAUGCUUUGCAGCUCUUGCUACCCGUUUUAGAGCUUUCUCACAUCCAGGCUUGUACCAGCUCUGCACAGUAGCGGACAAUAGAUGGAUUACACGCCAGUGCCAAAGCUGCAGCUGCUUCAUAGAAGAGACAAGUGAGGGGAUUUCAGGGUCUCUGCUGAACAGUUUGCAAAAGCUGGAAAUGAACUGUGCUAAUAUAAUCAAAGCAAUGAGCACGGUCAGAAAGCUUAAUUAACUGUGACCUGCUCUGUACCUGGACGCGUGCGUGUGAGAAAAUAAUAAUGAAAUAAUCUGGAUUUUAAAAUAACAGUUUGUUGAGAGUAAUGGUAUUUCUUUUUACUUGUCAUGUAAUUUGAUGAAAUGUAAACCCUGUUUUUAACUCGACCACACGCCUGUUUCGUAGUGCGAGUCUUAUCAGUGUCUGCAGGGAGACUGGAAGAAAGGUUUGGCUUUCUCUGAUCCAGAUUCUUUUCUUCCCGUUUCCUUUGCCAUGAACAUGUUGUACGACUUUAUACUGAGCCCAGACUGCGUGUGUCGAGUUGUCUGAUGUCGUGGACUUUAAAACAUUUCAGGUAGUCGUUCUAUCCAAAGGCUGCUCAUAAUAAUAUGAGUUGUACAGUACGUAGUGUACGCAAGUGGGAUUUAAGCCACUACAUUAGAACUGUGAUGCUAUUAUAACUGCAUCAUUGGUAAAAUAAAAAUGACUGUACAAUGUCUCAAUACAACAUGCUUCUGGUGUAUGUGUAUGUAAUCAAUAUUGAAUGACUUCCUUUUAUUUAAUGCAAAUAAAACUCUAUCCUAUA